AUGGGUCAAGGUGGAUCUAUCGAUGUCACACAGUCUUUGCCAGAAUUUAAAGAAUAUAUUACAAAUAAGGCUUUCGAAUCAAUGCCACUCAAUGUAAACUAUCGCCAUUUAACAAUGACCGAAAAACAAUACAUCGACAAAACAAUUUUGCGUUUUAUGCAAACAGAAAGAAGAAUUGAAACCAAAAUUCUUGAAUGCGGCAUGACAGAACCAGAUAUACUUGAUGCUUUCUAUUGGUAA